ACUGAAGAAUUUAUUCAAACCAUGACUGCAGCACUUUCUUUAGAUGAUGAUAAUAUUGAACCCCUCGUUGUUGGUACUGCCGCAUGUUUGUCUUUAUUUGGCAUUGCACGAAACAAGGAGAUUCAAAAAGAACAGGAAAAUGUAGAGCAAGCAAGUGAUAGUAUGGAAAUUGGCGAGCAUGUUAUGAAAGAAACUGAAAAAAGUGAUGUCGCAACAAACGUUGAUGAUAAAAUUGAGAGAUUAGUGCAAAAUUUAAAGGAUUUAAUCUUUGAUACUGAGACCCAACAUCAUUGGGCGUCCUCGAUUGGUGGCAACGCUGGAUUUGAAAAUAGUCAUAAGUAUAAUAAAGACAUUAAGCACAUUCCAAGUUUCUUAGAGAUCAUGUCUUCGAACACGAAUGCAACCACUUUACCGGCAUCAACACGGUCCGUAACGAAUGCUCGAAAUUCUAACGGUUCUUGGAGAGCCAGUUCUUCACAAAACUUAAAUAAUAGUGAAGAACUGUCAUAUUUUUCAACUAGUGACAACUCAUUAGAUUCUGAUCGACAAAAGAAAUUAGAAGAAAGCAUAAAAACGUCAAAUCCGCAUCCGUUGGCAAAUAAGGAAGAUCCUCGCAAUGAAAAUGGUGGCGCGUGGUCUUUUCGUGUUAGCAAAGCGAAUACCGCCGUAGUAUGGAGGGAGUUGCUCAUGAUGUUGAUCGGAGAACAGUUUGAAGACUGUGUUUCAAAAGAUGAUGAUAUCUAUGGUUUAACCGUAUCUUCAAGAUAUAAUUCUGAUAUAUUUAAUAUUUGGAACAAGAAUUCUGCUGUAAAUGAAGAAGCAAAAAUAAUGGAAAAAAUAAAGGAAGCGUUGGGACCUAUUGAUUUGCAAAGCCCUUAUUAUAAAGGUAAGAAUAAUCUUGUCUUGUGA